AUGGCUUCCACCGUACCUCGACCAGGCCCCGCGAACUUGGGGCCCAAUGCCGGCCUUGAUGAGUGGCUCGAGGAGGCCAAACAGUGCCACUAUCUUCCCGAGCGGGCGAUGAAGGAAUUGUGUGAGAAGGUUAAAGAGAUUUUGAUGGAAGAAUCCAACAUUCAGCCAGUCUGUACCCCCGUUACUGUGUGCGGCGACAUCCACGGGCAGUUCUACGACCUUCUCGAGCUCUUCCGAGUAUCUGGCGGCAUGCCAGGCGAGUCCAACGUGCAGGCGCCGAAGACAGCAACCACCGUCAUUACGUCGGACGAUAUCGAACCUCCAACAGAGAUAACAAACCCCAAGUUGAGAAAGAAGAUAAAGUCUUCGGGCGAGAAUGCAGCAGCAUCCAGCGGGGCGGAGGAGACCGAGGCAAACGACGCGGAUGAGGAUCCUGAUGCGACAAUGGCAGACCGUUUAGACUCUGGUGUCACCACAAACUCGUCAAGUCAGAGCGCCGAUACUCGAUACAUUUUCUUGGGAGAUUUCGUGGAUCGCGGGUACUUCAGUUUGGAGACAUUCACAUUACUAAUGUGUUUGAAGGCGAAAUACCCUGACAGAAUAGUGCUUGUCCGCGGAAACCACGAAUCCCGGCAAAUUACUCAGGUGUACGGAUUCUACGAGGAGUGCCAGCAAAAGUAUGGCAACGCCUCAGUCUGGAAGGCCUGCUGUCACGUGUUCGAUUUCCUUGUUCUUGCUGCCAUUAUCGAUGGUGAGAUUCUCUGUGUUCACGGAGGUUUGAGUCCCGAGAUUAGAACGAUCGAUCAGAUCCGAGUUGUUGCCCGUGCGCAAGAAAUUCCCCACGAGGGUGCGUUCUGCGACUUGGUGUGGUCAGAUCCAGAAGAUGUAGAAACAUGGGCAAUCAGUCCUCGAGGCGCCGGAUGGUUGUUUGGAGACAAGGUCGCAACUGAGUUCAAUCAUGUCAACGGUUUGAAGUUGAUUGCGCGAGCCCAUCAGCUCGUCAACGAGGGUUACAAGUAUCAUUUCCCCGAGAACUCAGUAGUGACUGUAUGGUCGGCACCCAACUACUGCUACCGCUGCGGAAAUGUCGCUUCCAUCAUGGCUGUGGAGAAGGAUCUGAACCCCAAGUUUAGUAUCUUCUCUGCUGUUCCUGAUGACCAGAGACAUGUACCAGCAAACAGGAGAGGUCCCGGAGAUUACUUCUUGUAA